UCCAGGUUACACAAGUCUCAGAUGUAAACAAAGCCUCUGACCACCUCUACCAUGUACCUGUCUUCACGUCUCUCCCCGCUACUGAGGGCUUCCCGGCACCUGGUGAGGCGGGAGGAGCUGAGAGGGAGGUGCAUCACGUGUAAGGAGGAGGAGAAGAGGGAGAAGAGAGGAGAGGUGGAGCACUAUGAUGUGGUCGUCUCUGGGGGAGGGAUGGUCGGCUUGGCUAUGGCUUCCUCAUUAGGCCAGAAUAAGACAUUGAGCGACAGACGGAUCCUGCUCUUGGAAGGAACCCCAAACAAACCCUGGAAGCUACCGGAAGAAUUCACUAACCGCGUGUGUGCUCUGAGCGGCCACACACAGAAACUCUUCCGCAAGUUGGGGAUUUGGGGUCACAUCGAGGGCAUCCGAGCUCAGGCUGUUAGACGGAUGCAGGUGUGGGAGGCGUGUUCCGAGGCGAUGAUUACAUUCGACGAGCACGACCAAUCAGAAGUCCUCGCUCACAUAGUCGAGAAUGACGUCAUCCUCCACGCCCUGAAGGAGCAAGUGCCAGCGCAUGUGGAGGUGGAGUACAACACAAAGGUCAAAUGUUACGACCUACCGUCCGACCUUUCCUCUAGAGUGACCGUCUGUCUCCACGACGGCAGAAAAGUCUCCGCGGAUCUCCUGAUAGGAGCCGAUGGUGCCAAAUCUCUAGUAAGACAGACCAUGGGCUCUCAAUACCUGGGCUGGGAGUACGACCAAAUGGGAAUUGUGGCAACGUUGCAAUUGUCAGAGGCAGUAGACAACACAGUAGCCUGGCAGAGAUUCCUCCCCACUGGCCCCGUCGCUCUGCUGCCACUAUCAAACGACCGUAGUUCCCUCGUUUGGUCGACCACGAAGGAACAAGCUCAGAAACUACACCAGCUUACAGACGAGGAGUUUACUGACGCACUUAAUAGGGCAAUUUGGGAUGAAAGCAGCAGUAAUGAGAUCAUCCGGACGGUUCACGAGCGAUGGAUGACCCUCCUGGAGACCAUCGCCCCUCGUAGCGGUGCCGCCGUCCGCCAGUUACCGCCCAGUGUGUGUGCCAUAGUCCCCGGCACCAGAGGAUCCUUCCCCUUGGGGUUGGGUCAUGCUGUUCACUACGUCGCCCCCAGGGUCGCUCUUAUAGGGGACGCAGCUCACCGCAUACACCCACUGGCUGGUCAGGGCGUCAACCUGGGCUUCGGUGACGUAGCGACUCUCACCGACACCCUACAGAAUGCCGUCCUCAUCGGCGCCGACAUCGGUGACGAGCAAAUCCUUCACCAGUACGAGAGUGAACGUCAGAGACACAACGUGGCGACUUUGGCGACCAUCGACGGCCUCUAUCGCCUCUACAACAGUACCGCUCCUCCUCUAGUCCUCUUGAGAUCCCUGGGGUUGUCUGCUGUAAACAUCAUGGCGCCUCUUAAGAGACAACUAAUGGCUCACGCUGAGGGCUAACAACCUCCGAGAGCUAACGACCUCUGAGGGCUAACGACUCAUAUCCACAAUGGUGACCUCUUAAUUAAAGGUUGUAUUAUGUUGUAUUGUUAUGUACUCCUUGUAUUAUUUGUCUAUGUAAAUAUAGUCUUGAAAUUUG